CUUCCUGUAUUUUGUGGCGGUCAUUUUGGCAGUCCUUGGGGUCAGAGCGCAGAGUCUGUAUUGGGGAGACAGACAGAGGAGGCGCGGGAAGAGGCUUUGUCCCCAGUGACUAGAGGCGGUUCUAUAGUCGGGCACAUCGCCGCUUGCGGGGCCGGUCUGGAGACGUUGGUGCCCGGUCCGUUCGGGACGCUCGGCUGUCGCCUCUCUGCCCCGGCUUGUGGCUCAGGUGGCGGCGGCGGCGCCGAGGAACCCGCCUCAGGUUUCCAUGGCUGCGGAAGUGCUUUUGGAACCUAAUCAGGGAAGUGUGACCUUUGAGGAUGUGGCCCUGUAUUUCUCCUGGGAGGAAUGGGCUCUCCUUGAUGAGGCUCAGAGAUGCCUGUACCACGAUGUGAUGCUGGAGAAUUUUGCACUUACAUCUUCAUUGGGAAUAUGUGUGGUUGAUUGUGGCCUAUUGCCCCAGGCCCAGGGCUGUUAUAUAAUACCAUACUGAAAAGCUGGAGCUGCAGCUGAUGAAGAUUCCAACAGAGAUUCCAUCAACAGUUACAUUUUAUCCAAUCACGUCUUUAAAUGCAUUAUUGUCCCUGAUCCUAUAAAAGGGAGGAGCCUUGGGAAGGCACGUCAGAUGAACCCAGUUCAGAAAGUGAGUCACACAGCGAGUCCUCAGCCUUCAGUUCAAGAUUACCCAGUCUGAAGUUCAGUCUUCUGGAGGAGCUUGCAGUUCUUAAACAUCCACCAGUUGUUGAAAGAGAUCCCCCAAGAAACAAGUCAGCAGAGCUUGAAUCCCUGAAGUUGCGGUUCUCUGAGAAUUCUUGUUAAGAAUGGCUUUAGACCUCAGAAUCUCCUUUCAAGAUGAACCAUCAAGGAAGGAUCCUGUGUCAGAUAAUCUAGAGCUUAAACCCAGCCAAGGAUCUGCCAUCCAGGAGAGAGAGGGGAUCUCUGAGUUCCAGAGCACUCAGCUCAGCUUAUUUCAAAACAAUAAUAACUCAAGUGCAAGGCAGGAGCUGCAAAGACUCUAUAAAUUAUUUCAUUCAUGGCUGCAGCCAGAAAAACACAGCAAGGAUGAAAUAAUUUCUCGUUUGGUCCUGGAACAGUUUAUGAUCAAUGGCCGCUGCGGUGACAGGUCCACUUUACAAGAGAAAUGGAAUGCAAGCGGCAGAAACCUGGAGAAAUUCAUGGAAGGUCUGACCGAUGAUGGCAUGAAGCCACCUGGCUUAGUCCACGUCCACAUGCAGGGACAGGAAGCCCUCUUUAGUGAGAAUACACCCUUAAGAGAAGUCAUUGUUCACUUCACAAAACAGUUGUCGACAGGAACUCCAGCAAGAGAGAAAAUGGGGACACCUUUCUGGAUGCCUCAAGAUACUUCCCUUGAAACAAGACAAAAAUGUGAAGGUAAAGAAAAUGGUGGCAACAUUUCUUUGAAAACUUGUCAAGUAAAUGACCGUAUUACUAGUCCAAGCAAUCAAAUACCUUUCCUACUCAUUAUCCAAGAAGAGAACAGUCUGAGGCCUGAAGAAAGAGGUGUUUGUUUGGAGAAUCCACUCAGCCCCAGAAGAGCAGGUCCAGACCCCUCCAGGUCCCAGGAAGGAUCCCUGAAAGGACCCUCCUAUCAAGAUGUCCUUGUGGAGGUGGAACCAGAGUUUCUCUUCAAGCCAGACCAGGUCACCCUUGAGCCUGUUUCUACGCACCAGAGCACUGAGGGGAAUUCUGCACAUGGGGAACACCAAGAAAGAUUCCACGGAGCCCCAAAAGUAUACAAAUGUGAGACGUGUCCCAAGAUCUUUAGGUAUUCCUCUCGGUUAAAAGUUCACCAGAAAAGACACAAUAAUGAGAGGACAUAUAUUUGUGCUGAGUGUGGCAAAGGCUUCUUCCAGGCAUCAGACCUACAUGUGCAUCAGAGGAUUCAUGCAGGAGAGAAGCCUUUCAUGUGCAGCAUGUGUGAAAUGGCCUUCAACCACAAAACCAACCUUCGGGCUCACGAGAGAAUCCACACGGGAGAGAAGCCCUAUGUAUGUUCCCUUUGCCAGAGACGCUUCCGCCAAUCCUCCACCUACCACCGCCACCUUAGGUUUCACCAGAAAAUUGCCCUCAAAAGUGUCCCUCCACACUAAAAGCUCCCUUGGCUGUGGCCCCAAUGUGAUGUAUAUAAAUUAUGUAUGUGCGUAUGUUUAUUUCCAUAGUACUGCUCUAUAGAAUAUACUUUAUAAAAAUAAUUUAAAAAAGAAAAAAUGUGGCAACUUCCCUGGCGGUCCAGUGGUUAAGACUCCACACUUCCACUGCAGGGGGCACAAGUUCCAUCCCUGGUCCAUGAACUAAGAUCCCACAUGCCUUGUAGCACGGCCAAAAGUAAUAAUAAUUAAAUAAGAUUAAAAAUUUAAAAAGGAAAGAAAAUAAAUUUUAAAAGACAGUUAAAAAAAAAAGAAUGUAAUUUCCUGAUUGUAUUUUCCAUUUAUUGUUUCACCCCUCCCCCCCAAAAAAAUAAGUUUAUGAAGAGCAGGGAAUUUCUCAGUUUUGUUCACUAAAGUAUCUCAGGUGUGUAGAAAACAUCUGGUACAUUUCAAAUAACCAAUAAAUAUCUGUUGAAUAAAUGAAUGGAUGUGUUAUGUUGGUGUUUAUUCUUUAAAAUUUUGGCGUGUGUCCCACGUGAGAAUGAAACGGAGCAGGACCCUAUGGUCCUUGCCCCUCCACACACACCAUGUCCUCAGCCUGCUUUUGUCUGUGGAAAAAUUUU